AUGCCCAUAAUUGCAGAUGAUGACGUAAAAUACGAAGUGGUCUCCUCUAAGUCGGUGGAUAGAUUCGGUCGACCAAUUUAUACUGUGAACAUGAUCCCCAUAGAUUAUCCAGUCUCUCAAGGAUUCUCGCAAGCGAAUUCACAAGCCCAAGCAUCGAACUACAACAACAAUCAAGCUGCUAGUUACCGAAAUGGUAAUUUUGGCUACGACGCGUAUAACCAGAACCAAGGCCAGAAUGCUAAUGCUCAAGCCAGUCAGAAACAGUACUUGGCAAACUAUGGAGCGGGAGGCAGUUACGUGAAUUCAUACAAUGCCAAUGCCAAGGCGAAUAGUGAUGCCAAGUCGAGUCAGAAUGGCUUUAGAAGUUACAACGGUGGAUCGCCAGUAGUCCCACUAUCUCCAAAUUAUUACAAUCCAUCAAUGUUCCUUCCCCCUGGUUAUAUUGGCCAAGGUUAUCCACCAGCACCAGCCUACCCGCAAACUUACCCACUACUUUAUCCUAACCGUCCUGUAUACCCUGGAUAUAAGAAUUACCCAACGUAUGCGGUUCCCCUUGCUAAUUCUCAAAGUCAGUCGAGUGGUCAGGCUCCAGGAGCUCCGAAUGCUGCAAAUCCUCUCGCUAAUUAUUUAGCCAAUUACGGUGUGAACAGCAUUGUGAAGUCUAACUCGCAUGCCGAUUCGAAGGGCACGGCGUCGUCCAAUCAAAAUGCUUUCCAAUCGUACAAUGGUGGUUCUCCGAUCAUUCCUGUUGCUCCAGUCCCCCCAACAUACUAUAAUCAACCACCGUAUUACCCAGGAUUUGUAGGUCCAGUGUUUCCAGGUGCUCCGGCCCCUGGAUAUCCUCCAUCCGUAAUUCCAAUUGCCACCAAUCCUAAUAGUCAGAACCCUUCAGGCCAAAGUCCUAGUACACCCCACGCUCCUAUCUCUAAGCCUGACUUUGAACCUAUUAGACCCUACACCUUCUCUGACUACAACCAAUACAGUUCUAACAAUGAAGAGAGCAGCUCAUCUGAAGAAAGUCAGAGCCAGUAUUUUGCCAAUUAUAACAAAGAUACUACCAGUGUGGAGGCUUCCGAAUCAAACUCGAGCUCUAACAGUGAUUCAAAAUCAUCACAAAACAGCGUCUAUAAAAACAAUGGUACUGGCGGCUAUCCACAAAAUGUAUCAGGUGGUUCAAACCCUAGCGGACAAUCACCAUCAACUCCAGGAAAUUCAAACCCGAAUGGACAAUCACCAUCGAACCCCAGUGGUUCAAACCCUAACGGACAAACACCAUCAACUCCAGGAGGCUCUAAUCCCAACGGACAGACACCAUUAACUCCAGGAGGUUCUAAUCACAACGGACAAUCACCUUCUAACCCCAGUGGUUCAAAACCUAACGGACGAACACCUUUAACUCCAGGAGGUUCUAAUCCCAACGGACAAUCACCUUCUAACCCCAGUGGUUCUAAACCUAACGGACAAACACCAUCAACUCCAGGAGGUUUAUAUCCCAACGGGCAAUCACCUUCUAACCCCAGUGGUUCAAAACCUAACGGACAAACACCAUCAACUUCAGGAGGUUUAUAUCCCAACGGGCAAUCACCUUCUAACCCCAGUGGUUCAAAACCUAACGGACAAACACCAUCAACUCCAGGAGGUUCUUAUCCCAACGGGCAAUCACCUUCUAACCCCAGUGGUUCAAAACCUAACGGACAAACACCAUCAGCUACAGGAGGUUCUAAUCCCAACGGUUCAAACCUUAGCGGACAGUCACCAUCUAACCCCAGUGGUUCAAACCCUAACGGGGAAACACCAUCAACUCCAGGAGGUUCAAAUCCCAACGGACCUUCUAACCCAGAUGGUUCAAGCCCUAAUGGACAAACACCAUUAACUCCAGUAGGUUCAAAUCCCAACGGAAUAUCACCUUCUAACCCCAGUGGUUCAAAUCCUAACGGACAAACACCAUUAACUCCAGGAGGUUCUAAUCCCAACGGACAAACACCUUCUAACCCAGAUGGUUCAAGCCCUAACGGACAAACACCAUCAACUCCAGGAGGUUCUAAUCCCAACGGACAAGCACUAUCAACUCCAGGAGGUUCUUAUCCCAACGGACAAACACCAUCAACUCCUGGAAAUUCGAAACCAAGUGGACAAUCACCAUCGAACCCCAGUGGUUCAAACCCUAGCGGGCAAUCACCUUCUAACCCCAGUGGUUCAAAUCCAAACGGACAAACACCAUCAACUCCAGGAGAUUCUAAUCCCAAUGGACAAGCACUAUCAAGCCCUGAAGGUACGCAAAUACCCUACUCCAUCUAUGAGUAUGAUCAAUACAGUUCUAACGAUCAAAAGAACAGUCAAUCUCAAUCAAGUCAAAGCGAGUAUCUGGCGAAAUUGGAGAAAGAUAGAAGCAUUGUGAAGGCGACCAACUCAAAUUCAAACUCAAAGAAUGAUUCAUCAACAUCACAAAACAAUGUUCAUAUAUAUCACGGUGUUGGAGGCUAUCCACAAGAUAAACCUGAAAACACGAAACCUAGCGGACAGUCACCAUCAACUCCAGGAGGUUCAAAUCCUAACGGACAAUCACCUUCUAACCCGGAUGGUUCAAGCCCUAACGGAGAGUCACCAUCUAACCCCAGUGGUUCAUACCCUAACGGACAAAAUCCAUCAACUCCAGGAGAUUCAAAUCCUAAAGGACAAUCGCCUUCUAACCCCAGUGGUUCAAAUCCUAACGGACAAAAUCCAUCAGCUCCCGGAGGUUCUUAUCCCAACGGACAAUCACCUUCUAACCCAGAUGGUUCAAGCCCUAACGGACAGUCACCAUCUAACCCCAGUGGUUCAUACCCUAACGGACAAAAUCCAUCAACUCCAGGAGGUUCUAAUCCCAACGGACAAUCACCUUCUAACCCGGAUGGUUCAAGCCCUAACGGACAGUCACCAUCUAACCCCAGUGGUUCAUACCCUAACGGACAAAAUCCAUCAACUCCAGGAGGUUCAAAUCCCAACGGACAAUUGCCUUCUAACCCCAGUGGUUCAAAUCCUAACGGACAAAAUCCAUCAGCUCCCGGAGGUUCUUAUCCCAACGGACAAUCACCUUCUAACCCAGAUGGUUCAAGCCCUAACGGACAGUCACCAUCUAACCCCAGUGGUUCAAACCCUAACGGACAAAAUCCAUCAACUCCAGGAGGUUCAAAUCCCAACGGACAAUCGCCUUCUAACCCCAGUGGUUCAAAUCCUAACGGACAAAAUCCAUCAGCUCCCGUAGGUUCUUAUCCCAACGGACAAUCACCUUCUAACCCAGAGGGUUCAAGCCCUAACGGACAAAUACCAUCAACUCCAGGAGGUUCAAAUCCACACGGACAAUCGCCUUCUAACCCCAGUGGUUCAAAUCCUAACGGACAAAAUCCAUCAAAUCCCGGAGGUUCUUAUCUCAACGGACAAUCACCUUCUAUCCCAGAUGGUUCAAGCCCUAACGAACAGUCACCAUCUAACCCCAGUGGUUCAUACCCUAACGGACAAAAUCCAUCAACUCCAGGAGGUUCAAAUCCCAACGGACAAUCGCCUUCUAACCCCAGUGGUUCAAAUCCUAACGGACAAAAUCCAUCAGCUCCCGUAGGUUCUUAUCCCAACGGACAAAAUCCAUCGACUCCAGGAGGUUCAAAUCCCAACGGAAAAUCGCCUUCUAACCCCAGUGGUUCAAAUCCUAACGGACAAAAUCCAUCAGCUCCCGGAGGUUCUAAUCCCAACGGACAAUCACCUUCUAACCCAGAUGGUUCAAGCCCUAAUGGACAAACACCGUCAACUCCAGGAGGUUCCAAUCCCAACGGACCAUCACCUUCUAACCCAGAUGGUUCAAGCCCUAAUGGACAAUCACCAUCAACUCCAGGAGGUUCUCAUCCUAAUGGACAAUCACCAUCAACUCCAGGAGGUUCUAAUUCCAAUGGACAAACACCAUCAACUCCAGGAGGUUCUUAUCCCAACGGACAAUCACCUUCUAACCCAGAUGGUUCAAACCCUAACGGACAAACACCAUCAACUCCAGGAGGUUCUAAUCCCAACGGACAAUCACCAUCUAGCCCUGGUGGUACGCAAAUACCCUACUCCAUCUAUGAGUAUGAUCAGUACAGUUCUAACGAUCAAAAUAACAGUCAAUCUCAAUCAAGUCAAAGCGAGUAUCUAGCGAAAUUGGAGAAAGAUAGAAGCAUUGUGAAGGCGACCAACUCAAAUUCAAACUCAAAGAGUGCUUCAUCGACAUCACAAAACAAUGUUCAUAUAUAUCAAGGUGUUGGAGGCUAUCCACAAGAUAAACCUGGAAAUACAAAACCAAAUGGACAAUCACCAUCUAACCCAGAUGGUUCGAACCCUAACGGACAAACACCAUCAACUCCAGGAGGUUCAAAUCCUAACGGACACUCACCUUCUAACCCAGAUGGUUCAAACCCUAACGGACAAACACCAUCAACUCUAGGAGGUUCAAACCCUAACGGACAAUCACCAUCAACUCCAGGAGGUUCAAAUCCUAACGGACAAUCACCUUCUAACCCAGAUGGUUCAAACCCUAACGGACAAACAGCAUCAACUCCAGGAGGUUCUUACCCCAAUGGACAAACACUACCAACUCCAGGAGGUUCUUAUCCCAACGGACAAUCACCUUCCAACCCAGAUGGUUCAAACCCUAACGGACAAACACCAUCAACUCCAGGAGGUUCUCAUCCCAACGGACAAUCACCAUCAACUCCAGGAGGUUUAAAUCCCAACGGACAUUCACCAUCUAACCCCGAUGGUUCAAACCCUAACGGACAAACACCAUUAACUCCAGGAGGCUCUUAUCCCAACGGACAAUCACCUUCUAACCCAGAUGGUUCAAACCCUAACGGACAAGCACCAUCAACUCCAGGAGGUUCUCAUCCCAACGGACAAUCACCAUCAACUCCAGGAGGUUCAAACCCUAACGGGAAAUCACCAUCAACUCCAGGAGGUUCUAAUCCCAACGGACAAUCACCUCCUAACCCCAGUGGUUCAAACCCUAACGGACAAACACCUCCAACUCCAGGAGGUUCUUAUCCCAACGGACAAUCACCUUCCAACCCAGAUGGUUCAAACCCUAACGGACAAACACCAUCAACUCCAGGAGGUUCUCAUCCCAACGGACAAUCACCAUCAACUCCAGGAGGUUCUUAUCCCAACGGACAAUCACCAUCUAAACCAGAUGGUUCAAACCCUAACGGACAAACACCAUUAACUCCAGGAGGCUCUUAUCCCAACGGACAAUCACCUUCUAACCCAGAUGGACCAAACCCUAACGGACAAGCACCAUCAACUCCAGGAGGUUCUCAUCCCAACGGACAAUCACCAUCAACUCCAGGAGGUUCUUAUCCCAACGGACAAUCACCAUCUAACCCAGAUGGUUCAAACCCUAACGGACAAACACCAUCAACUCCAGGAGGUUCUAAUCCCAACGGACAAGCACCUUCUAACCCAGAUGGUUCAAAUCCUAACGGACAAACACCAUCAACUCUAGGAGGUUCUAAUCCCAACGGACAAUCACCUUCUAAACCAGAUGGUUCAAACCCUAACGGACAAUCACCAUCAACUCCAGGAGGUUCUAAUCCCAACGGACAAUCACCUUCUAACCCAGAUGGUUCAAACCCUAACGGACAGUCACCAUCAACUCCAGGAGGUUAUAAUCCCAACGGACAAUCACCAUCUAACCCCAGUGGUUCUCAUCCCAACGGACAAUCACCUUCUAACCCAGAUGGUUCAAACCCUAAUGGACAAACACCAUCAACUCCAGGAGGUUCUAAUCCCAACGGACAAUCACCAUCUAGCCCUGGUGGUACGCAAAUACCCUACUCCAUCUAUGAGUAUGAUCAAUACAGUUCUAACGAUCAAAAGAACAGUCAAUCUCAAUCAAGUCAAAGCGAAUAUCUGGCGAAAUUGGAGAAAGAUAGAAGCAUUGUGAAGGCGACCAACUCAAAUUCAAGCUCAAAGAGUGCUUCAUCGACAUCACAAAAUAAUGUUCAUAUAUAUCAAGGUGUUGGUGGAGGUUCUUAUCCCAACGGACAAUCACCAUCUAACUCAAAUGGUUCAAACCCUAACCCAGGAGGUUCUUAUCCCAACGGACAAUCACCACCUAACCCAGAUGGUUCAAACCCUAACGGACAAUCACCAUCUAACCCCAGUGGUUCAAACCCCAACGGACAAUCACCUUCUAACCCAGAUGGUUCAAACCCUAACGGACAAACACCAUCAACUCCAGGAGGUUCUUAUCCCAACGGACAAUCACCAACAACUCCAGGAGGCUCUAAUCCCAACGGACAAUCACCAUCAACUCCAGGAGGUUCUAAUCCCAAUGGACAAUCACCUUCUAACCCAGACAGUUCUUAUCCCAACGGACAAUCACCAUCUAAUCCAGAUGGUACAAACCCUAACGGACAAGCACCAUCAACUCCAGGAGGUUCCUAUCCCAAUGGACAAUCACCUUCUAGCCCCAGUGGUUCAAAUCCCAACGGACAAUCACCUUCUAACCCAGAUGGUUCAAAUCCUAACGGACAAUCACCAUCAACUCCAGGAGGUUCUUAUCCCAACGGACAACCACCAUCUAACCCAGAUGGUUCAAACCCUAACGGACAAGCACCAACAAUUCAAGGAGGUUCUUAUCCCAACGGACAAUCACCAUCUAAUCCAGAUGGUACAAACCCUAACGGACAAGCACCAUCAACUCCAGGAGGUUCCUAUCCCAAUGGACAAUCACCUUCUAGCCCCAGUGGUUCAAAUCCCAACGGACAAUCACCUUCUAACCCAGAUGGUUCAAAUCCUAACGGACAAUCACCAUCAACUCCAGGAGGUUCUUAUCCCAACGGACAACCACCAUCUAACCCAGAUGGUUCAAACCCUAACGGACAAGCACCAUCAAUUCAAGGAGGUUCUUAUCCCAACGGACAAUCACCUUCUAACCCAGAUGGUUCAAAUCCUAACGGACAAUCACCAUCUAACCCCAGUGGUUCAAAUCCCAACGGACAAUCACUUUCUAACCCAGAUGGUUCAAACCCUAAUGGACAAACACUAUCAACUCCAGGAGGUUCUAAAACCAACGGACAAAUACCCUCAACUCCAGGAGGCUCUAAUCCCAACGGACAAUCACCGCCAACUCCAGGAGGUUCUAAUCCCAAUGGACAAUCACUUUCUAACCCAGGAGGUUCUAAUCCCAAUGGACAAUCACCUUCUAACCCAGACGGUUCAAAUCCUCACGGACAAUCACCGUCAACUCCAGGAGGUUCUAAUCCAAAUGGACAAUCACUUUCUAACCCUGACGGUUCUUAUCCCAACGGACAAUCACCUUCUAACCCAGAUGGUUCAAACCCUAACGGACAAUCACCAUCAACUCCAGGAGGUUCUAAUCCAAACGGACAAUCACCUUCCAACCCAGAUGGUUCAAACUCUAACGGACAGUCACCAUCAACUCCAGGAGGUUAUAAUCCCAACGGACAAUCACCAUCUAACCCCAGUGGUUCAAACCCUAACGGACAAACACCAUUAACUCCAGGAGGUUCUUACCCCAAUGGACAGUCACCAUCAACUCCAGGAGGCUCUAAUCCCAACGGACAAUCACCAUCAACUCCAGGAGGUUCUAAUCCCAACGGACAAUUACCUUCUAACCCCAGUGGUUCAAACCCUAACGGACAAGCACCAUCAACUCCAGGAGGUUCUAAUCCCAACGGACAAACGAGUUCAUGCCCCGAAAACCCUGAUGACACUGACGCUACGGAUACUUCAGUUGACUACGCGCUUCCCAGUAGUGGAAAAAUCUGCAUCUGCUUUAGCAGCCACCUCGAAAUCCCAUCAGGCAUACGCGACCAAUUUAGAUUAUACUAGAUCAUCUCAUUUCCGAAAAUAUUGUAGUACUAGUGUAGUUGUAAGCAAGCAUUGUAAAAAUCAAUCUUUGUAUUGAACCAAAAAUAUUAAUAAAUGAAUUGUGCAUA